AUGAGCUUCUUUGACGUCUCAGCAAUCUCUUCGGAGAGCAGCAGUCAGUCGGACAAUAGCAGCAAGGUGGAUGACCGGAUCAAACUCACGUACGCUGAAACAGUGGUUUCUUUGGCAACUGCUGUUGGCCUCGUGAUCAUUGUUUUGCUGGAUCUUCUUUAUCGAAGCACCUCCCGUCAUGCAAUGCUUCUCAGAGUUCAACGCGAAACGCGUUUUGACGGCGCGUAUAUUCUUGGUAAACCGGAAGGAAACCGUGCGCGAAUCAUUUUGGAAAACGGGUUGAAGACACACGAGUUUCGUAUUCGCCACCCUCCUCAGUACUCACGAGUGGUGCCAGCUGUCGUCUCGGAUUCGCGCGACGCAAAGCAGGACUGUGUUGAGAUGCUUAGCAAAGUACGUUCAAUACUAUCUAAGUCGUACGGAAGAUGCGCGGAAUUGAUGUCCAUGCGCUGCUGCCUUGCCUGUGUCACAGGCGCUCUUCCAGGUGAGCAGUCGGAGCGGUUUCUUCGAAUAUAUGAAAGGGUCAUGUUUUGCUCACACCGGGUGAACGGAGACGAGAAGCUUGUCACAUCAGAUGAUAUACGCUACAUGCAUGCCUUUUACUAUAAUAAUGUACUCAAAGUUCUGCAAUGA